AAAACACUUCCCUUCUCUCCUUCAUUCAAGGAGUGAAGAAAGCUUCGCACACAUUCCUUCACCAACAUGGAAGAAACACCAUAUUUAUAUGAACAUGUAAAAAUAAACACGGAAUGAGCACUUGCUAAGUGUUGAUUUCAAUACUAAGUGCACAAGACAAGCAUGCAUAAGAUGGAUUCAUCUAAAUUCCUGAACUUUUCUCUUAUGGAAAGAGACUUCAAGGACAACCACAAUCAGACUAGAAACAUGUUCCCAGAAAUGCAAAAUGUUACAGACUGUGUCACAGCAGAGAAGUCACUCUCUUUGGCUUUGCUGUUUUCAUAUUCAAUAAUUUUUGUGAUUGGACUAGUUACCAAUGUUAUGGCUUUGUAUGUUUUUCUGUGUACUCCCUGCAAGAAGAACUCUAUCCAGAUUUAUCUACUGAAUGUUGCCAUUGCAGACCUCCUCCUGAUUUUCUGCCUGCCCUUCCGAAUACUCUAUCACAUUAACCAAAACACAUGGCUAUUAGGGCUGACUUUCUGCAGGAUUGUAGGAAACCUAUUUUAUAUGAACAUGUACAUCAGCAUAGUACUACUGGGGUUGAUUAGCUUGGACCGGUACUUAAAAAUUAAUAGAUCUGUGCAGCGCAUUAAAGUUCUAACAACAAAGCAAAGCAUAUAUAUUUGUUGUAUACUAUGGACAUUGGCAAUUAUGGGAUUUAUAGUGAUGGUUGUUCAGUCUGCCUGGAAAGAAGAAAAAAAUUCUACCAAGUGCUUUAAUUACAGAGGAAAACAAAAUGCAAAAAUGGAAGCAGGGUUGAAUUAUAUUCUUGUCAUAAUAUUUUGGAUUGUCUUCUUUCUAUUGAUUCUAUCUUACAUUAAAAUUGCAACUCAUCUUCUCAAAAUGUCUAAGAAGAGAAAAAGGUUCCCUGGGACUGGAAAGUAUAUUGCCAUUGCAAGGAACUCUUUUAUAGUACUUAUUAUUUUCACAUUAUGUUUUGUACCUUACCAUCUAUUCCGAUUUAUUUACAUCACUUCACAACUACAAGAUAUCUCUUGCCACUGGAAGCAAAUCAUCCACAAGUGCAAUGAAGUUAUGCUACUCUUUUCAGCCUUCAACAGCUGUUUAGACCCAGUUAUGUAUUUUCUAAUGUCCAGGAGCAUUCGUAAAACUGUACUGCGACUGAUUUGCAAACAACUUAGUAUGGAGUCUACUAUCAGUGAAAGUACUUCAGAAAUGAAACAAAGAUAUUCUUCUCAUGAUCAUCUGGAAAAUCCAACUCAUCACUCCAGAAUAUAUUUCAUUAAGAAUGUGAAAUAAUGAAUUAAUAGUACAAUGUCAUAAAUGUCCACUCUGAUGUAAAUUCCAUUAGGUUCAAUGGGUCUUAUACCCAGAUAAGUAGGUAUAGGUUUGUACAUCUUACGAAAGCCAAGAGGAAUCUGCUCCAGACAGUCUUAACUCGAUUAUUGCUUUCAUUUAAUAUAUUUGGAAGAUCUUUUGAAACGGGAAUUGUAGCCAUAUACAGUAAAUAAGGAACAAUAGUAUCUAGCUAUGUGGCAUGUAUGUAAUUAUGUUUACUUGCAUUUGUUUUCAGUAAAACUUGUGUGUAGUAGAACUUUAUAGUAGGCAUUUAUAUUAAAAGCUAGUCAAGCUAAUACAUGUUGAACUAUUUUAUUUUUAUUCUAUACACUGGCAAAACAUCUAUAUGAAAUGACAGCUAUGCAAAGCACAAAUUUAGUAUUUUCAACCUCUUAAAAUUAUUAUAUUGCCUAUGGUAAUACAUGAAACGUUCCAUUUAUAUUACUUCAAUGCACCCUGUAUAGGAUUGCCUUUAGAAAUGGUUUGCCUUGGUGAGCUCAAAAUUAUGCAGCCAGAGUGCUGAAUUAUUGCUUAUGUAAGCCAUCUUGAGUCCCCUCUGGGAUAGAGAAAGGUGGGAUAUAAACAUAGUAAAUAAAUAAAAAAUAAAUAAAUAGGAACUGGUUAUAAGGAACAUGUAAAUUUCUUGUUGAAAAAACUUCAUUGGCUACUGGUUAUUUUCUGGGCAUAAUUCAAACUCCUUGCUAUCAGCUACACUUAGGUUCACGCUAUUUGAAAUACUGCAUCUCAGAAUAUGAGGUUUCCUGAAUUUUAAGAUCUCUGGGGAAUAAUAAAGACCUUUUUGUUUAAACAGGUACUUAAUAAUAAAUACUGCAC